GAUAACUACGCCGACGAAGCGCCGGAGAUUGCUGGAAUUUUGAAGUCCCAGAAGGUGAAGGGCACCGCGCUCCUGGAGUUAACUUCGGGUGACAUGAAAGAGAUGGGCAUUGCCAUGGGGCCGCGCAAAGUCCUGGCCAAGCGCAUCGCUGCCCUGUCUGCCCCGCCGACGGCCGCGAGCGGAUUCCAGGUGGGGGCCUCAGCGGAGCGGGAGUGGAGGGGUGCCGACGACCCAGCUGCCACGGAGUUCAUCCGGGAGCUGGCCGAGGCUACGCCACAGGACUUGGGUAAAGGUGUGCAGGUCUUCGACCUCACGAAGACUUUGCCCGUAAAGCCCUACGGCCAGAGCGGGCCGAAAUUGCUGACGCGCAACACGACGCGCCGGGCCUGGAAGGCCACCUUCGAGCUCAUGAAGGCCGGCACCGAGCGCGUGGCCAUGUUGGGCGUCCCGGGCAUCGGGAAGAGCCGCAAUUUGGCGCUGGGCCUCUGGCACCUGGUGACGGGCAAGGGGCUAGACGGGAUUCGGCAGCCCGAGGCCAUCGUGUUCGAAGCUCGGCAGAGCAGCACGGUCUUCCUUUUCACCAAGGGCCAGGGUGGCCAGUGGAAGGGUGAGCGCCAGUCGCUGCCAUGGCAUGCUGCCGCCUGCCCGUACCUGAAGGACUCCAACAACUGGUAUUUAGUGGAUGCUUUCAAGACAGCCACCCCUACCUUCAUGUUGGGUGCCAAGACCGUGCUCGCCUGCAGCCCAGAACGGGACCACUACUCGAAAUUUAUCAAAGACGGUGGCUGCUGCGUCUUUUUUGAAUCGUGGUCGAAAUCUGAGCUUCAAGUGGCACGCGAUCACCUUCAAAUCAGUGUGGACAUGCUGUCUAGGUACGACCAGAUCGGAGGAAAUCUGCGGGCCCUUUUGUCAGCUGAACCCGACUUCAAGAAGUAUGUGAAGGACCAGGAAUCUGAGGCCAUGGAUUGGCAGCACUUGCAGCCGGCUUUCCGUGGCAGCUUGGACAACCAAGGCAAGAAGCUUCUCACUCGCCUUUUCACCUACAUCAGCAAGGAUGCCCGCGAGUACGAGGUUGAUUUCUGCUGCGCCGGCGCUGCCGCGCUGGUUGCGAACGCGCACUACGACAAGCUGGUGAAGCUCUGGAGAGGGCAAGAUGAGCCCGCGAGGUACUGGUUCCAAAAGUUUGUCGGACCCCUGUUGACCUUCCCGUGGUUUCCGAAGCAGUUCGCAGCCUGGACUAUCACCAAUAAGGGCUCCGCUGAGCGUGCUUCCUGGCAACGGGAGAGGUGCGACGACUUGACGAUCGCAGAGAACUUGCAGUUAGUAGAAUGCGAUUCCACAGCCAUUUUUGAGGAAAGAUGGCGGCAGGCCGUGCGGGAAGGAACUCCAUCGAAACAGGUUUUGAGUAGCCCAGCCGGUUACCCGGGCAUCGACUACCUGCUGGAGUUCAACCACGGCAUCCAGGUGACCACAUCCGGAAAGCACAACCUUGCACAGGAGUUUCGCCAGAAGUUGAAGACGAUGUUCAAUGGAACUCGCCACAGUUUCACACUCACGUUUUUCAUUACAGGAGAUCCUGAGAGAUUCGCGCCGGUCGGAGGUGAUUUCAGCGCACGAAUGAACAUGUCGGGGCCCCAGCUCCUGGUGGCGACACCCGGGCGCCUGAAUGACCUCUUGGAGCCACCACCAGGCUUGUCCGUAGCAGUGGAUGUGAAGUCUGUCCGCUACCUGGUCCUGGACGAAGCCGACCGCAUGCUGGAUAUGGGCUUCGAGCCCCAGAUCCGAAGAAUCAUUGCGGGGCUGCCGCAGGCCGAGUGGCUGCAAAGGACAGCUGGCGAGAUCAAGGAGUUUGAAGUGGAGCAGGCAGCGGCCCAGCGGAUGGAAGACGAGGAAGUGACAGCUGCCAUGCUCUCCUGUUUUAUUGUUGACAACGCGGACGACCCGAACGCCACGGAGUUCAUCCGGGAGCUGGCCAAGGCGACGCCACAGGACUUGGGUGAAGGUGUGCAGGUCUUCCACCUCAUGAAGACUUUGCCUGUAGAGCCCUACGGCUCCUUCAAGCUCAUGCAAGGCGGUAUAAAGCGCGUGGCCAUGUUGGGCGUCCCGGGCAUCGGGAAGAGCCGCAAUUUGGCGCUGGGCCUCUGGCACGGGGUGACGGGCUGGGAGCUAGACGGCAUUCGGCAGCCCGAGGCGAUCGUGUAUGAACCUCGGGAGAGCAGCACAGUCUUCCUUUUCACCAAGGGCCAGGGUGGCCAGUGGAAGGCGCAGAGCCAGUCGCUGCAUACAUGGGAUUCUGCCGCCUGCCCGUACCUGAAGCACCCCAAGAACUGGUAUUUAGUGGAUGCUUUCGAGACAGCCACCCUCACCUUCAAAUUGGGUGCCAAGACUUGGCUCGCCUGCACCCUCGAUCGCAAGCACUACUCCAAUCUCGUCAAAGACGGAGGCCAGUGCGGAAGUGCUCUGCGCACCUUUCGGGCUGACGAGCGGAUCUACAACGACGCCGUCCAGCUGCAGAGGGCCGAGGCAGAGGACUUCACGACCGUGACACGUGCCUUUGAGGGUGAUUUGAAUACCUUUGAAGAGAAGAAGAUGCCGACCAGGCUCUUCACGUACCGCAGCGUCGAUGGGAUCUCACGCAAUGUCUCCGUCUGCUCUCCCGGUGCUGCUGCGCUGCUCGUCGAGGAACACUAUGACAAGCUCGUGCCGCUGUGGAGCAAUGUAGCCAAGCCAAGGUCGAGGUAUUGGCUCGAGGACUUUGUAGGCCCGCUUUUGACAACCUUUUGGCCGGGCACAAAAAGGCUUGCAGCCUUUGAAGUCCUCAAUGCGGCAACUGCGAAAAAGCCCAAUUGGAACCGCAGCCAGGGCAAAGGCGUGGAGGUUAAGGAGGGUUUGCAGGUUCUAGAGUGUGACACCGAGCAAAUCUUCGAUGACAGAUGGCAGAAGGCUGUGAAGAAAGGCAGUCUAAAGGGACGUGUUCUGCACAGCUCAGAGAAUUGCCCGGGCAUCGAUUACCUGCUGGAGUUCAACCACGGCAUCUGCGUGACGAGCUCCCUCAAGCAUGACAUCGCAAAGGCGUUUCAUGAAAAGUUGGAGGAGACGUUCAACAACACUGAGGCAAGACACAAUUGCACUGAAGAAAGCCGCGGCUUCACUCUCACGUUUCUCACUACAGGAGAUCCUCAACAAUUCACACCGAGCAGGGGCGAUUUCAGCGCACUAAUGGACAUG